CCUGCGGAAGAGAACAGAAAGGAUUCAACAGCCGGGAGGGCGGGGAUGGCGGGCGUCUGCCACUUGACCUAGAGAGGAGAGCUGCCUUGCCGGGCGUGAAAAGAGCGAGGGGCCACGUAAGGGAGAGAGCGGGGGGCAAGGAUGUCGGAGAGCAGCGCAGCCGGACGAUCAGCGUGGCGCAAGUUGCUUGUCUUGCACCGCCGCUGCCGCUCGGCUGCCUGUUGCUCUCGGAGCUCCCCUCGUCGUGUGAGAGACGGCAUGCGCUGAAAGCGCGCUCGCGCGGUGAAAGCGGAGAAAGCGGCGGCGGCGAACGGUUCAUCUGGCCCCUCGUCGACCAGCGCCACGACGGCUGCCCCGUCGACCCUCGGGAAUCGCGCGGGAAAUAUGCGCUCUUCGCUGCUGCCUUCGCUGUCGCCGGCGACGUCUGAUGGAUCUGCGGCGGAGUAGGGACGUGUCCGCUGUUCCGGGACGCUUAGAACGCUACAGGUGUUGUUCUGCUAGCAUCCGACGCCACUUCGCUGUCACGUGAGCCAGCAGACGACAAAAAAAAAAACGACUUCGAUAUCGACGGCCGUGCGAGCGGCGACUCCGGUUUUCGACUGUGGAUGAUGGUGGUGACGAUGGACGUUGUUACGACGACGCCCACGACUGUGGCGCGCGGUCGUGAUGCGGCUCCUGGGAGUGAUGAGGCAUCUGUGACGGCGUGCCUCGUUAGGUGUUGGAGGCGCUUCAAAGUAGCAGCGCGGUCUCGGGCACUGAUGGUCGCAUGGAUAGGCGCUGUCACGGCCAUAUUUUUUGCCACCUACUGCACGUACAAAUACGAAGAGAAGCACUUCUAUUUACGCCAAAUACUCGGGGUAGGCCUCUGCUUGUCCCGAGCAACAGCGGCAGUGAUCAACUUCAGUUGCUUCAUGGUGCUCAUUCCAAUGUGCAGGACACUGCUGCAGAUUCUCAGUUCCUGGUUGCCCCCGAAAUUUCACGGGUGCGUGCGGGUAUGUGUGGACCAAGGUGUCGGGCUGCACGUACUUUUUGCCGCAACCAUCAUCAUCACUUCAAUUGUCCAUUCUUUGGCACACCUUGUUAACGCGUGCAACUUUUCUUCUUACUACUCGCACGACUAUGUGGAAAUCAACAUGGCCAGGUAUCCCGGAGAGGAUCCGCUUUUGAUGAUACUCAGGACAGUUCCAGGUUGGACUGGUCUCGCGAUGGUGUGCCUUCUCCUCUUUCUUUCCGUGGCGUCCCUCAAGUGUGUCAGGAGAUCAUGCUAUGACCUGUUCUGGUACUCUCAUCACCUUUUAUUGCUGUUCCUGGUGUUAGCAAUCUUUCAUCCGCUCAGCGGAGUCCUUAAGGAACAAGUUAACAUCGAGGAACACGUUCCUGGUUGCCAGUUUAUGAACACCAGCAGGAGGGACGAGAUUCCUUAUCCAGAGCCGCGGCCGGACGUUGGCGUCUGCUUUGCUCCGCCUGUUUUCAUUUCCCAGAAGAGUGAGACGUGGAAGUGGAUCCUGGCGGCCUUUGCGCUCUUCGGCCUGGACGCCUGUUGGCGGCUCUACAGGCGGCGCUCGGCCGCGAAGCUCGAAGCAGUCCAGCUGCACGGCGCACCUGCAGAAUUCAAGGCCGACGUGGUGGCGGCUCCUGCGGCUCCGGGGUCCCCCGGCGAAUUUCCGCCUCCCGGCGCUUACCCGUACCGUGACUCGAUCGUGGAACUGCGACUCGCCAAGAAGGGGAUGCUCGCCAGGCCGGGUCAGUAUGUGCUACUCAACUGCCCGAAGAUAUCGUUGUUGGAGUGGCAUCCAUUCACAGUAACAUCGUGUUCUAAAGGUGGGGACAACACAUUCACGCUACACUUGACUACAAAUGGCGACUGGACAGGUGUGCUGCGAACGAAGCUCGUCGCUCCGAAAGCUUCCAAAAAAAGCGACAAGCCAGCCUAUCCCAAAUUGUACGUGGACGGCCCUUUCUGCAGCAGGUCCGAACGGAUAGGACGCAGUGCCAUCACUAUUUGCAUCGCCGGUGGUAUCGGGAUAACUCCUUUUGUAUCGUUCUUCAAUCACAUAAUCUCUUCGAAGAACGUGCUGCGAGUUGAACGCCUCCACUUAGUUUGGGUCAGCAGAAGCAUCAGCAUGUUCACCACCUUUGCGGAUCACCUGACCAACCUUCAUUACGAGAUGUGGAGACAGAACUUGCCUGAUUUUUUCACCAUGCACCUUUACGUGACACAAGGUAACCCACACGGUACUGUGUCGAAUGAAUUUUGGCAGAAGUACCAAUUACUUGCGAACCGGAUACGUGUGGGAAGACCAGAUUGGUCACGUCUGUUUCGUGAGUGGCAGACGGUAUACCAAAGGCAAAAGGUCGCCGUAUUUUCGUGCGGACCGGCCUCACUCAACAAGGAAAUCAAGAAGCACUGUCACAUCGCCACCCUUGCGGGGCACAAGUUCGCCUUCUACAAGGAGAGCUUCGCCUGAGACUCUCGUAUCCGCGAGCGGGACAAGCCGAACGAGAACGCCUCACGUGCUGCCGGCUGCACUUCCCAGUCAUUGCUUGUGAUACUCGCUGUUUGCGCUGUGUUGUCUUUAGAAGUGACCUGAACCUCGAUCACCGGAAACUCAAACCUAUUGUGCAUCGGACUGUCACGGGAACGACGCUCAGCAAAUGCCUCUGAAAGUGAAAGCUUGCAUCGGUGAUGCAACCGGUCUUUUGUCUCGAGGACAGAUGACUUCCGGGUCGUUAGACCUUUCCUUCAGAGACGUUCUGUUAUUUGUUGUUGACUGCUGUGUUGUGCCUGAUAUCAACUGCUCCGUUUAUUUAUUUGUUAGUUGAUGUUAUUUACCGGCAACGCCCCCCGCUAAUACGCGUUUAAGAUUACGUUUACUUUAGCGCGAGAGAGUUCCUUCUGUUGUCUCAGUACCAGAGCUACGUUGUUCUUUUUUUCUUUGACGAAUAAACAUAAGUCCUAGACUUGA